UGCUCUUGUAAACAGCCUAAUAUACUUUUCAAUUUUCGUAAGGUUGAUAUAUAGAUGUUAUUGUAUAUGACAGCCUUUAAUUGAAAGAAAAUUUGUAUUUAUAUUACAAUAUUAAAAGAUAAAUUAAUAGAGGAGCAUCGGAAGACAAGACGUAUUAUAAACAAAACAUGGAUUUUCUCAAUUCAAUUCUGGAUUCCAUGGAAAAGCCACCAGCAAAAAGUGAUAAAGAAAGAGCAUUAAUGAAAAUCAUUCUUUUUCCAGAGCAACAAGAAGUUAUGAAGAAGAAUCAGGUUUUAGAAGCUAAUAAUUUAAAAAUUUUUAGAGAACAGAUUGAGGAACAAGUAAAUAAUUUUUUGAAGGACGAUUUUUUAGGACAAUAUAGUUUUCCGCCAAUGAAUCAAAUAUGUAGGAGUAUAAUACACGACGUUUGUGAAAUUGCCAAUAUAUUAGCAUAUUCUUUUGGUGAUGAAGAAAUUGAUAGACACAUUGUUAUUUUUAAAAAAGAGCAUGCGCCAUCAGAAGAGCAUCUGAAUGCUUUACGAAAAGGGGAAGAAUGGAAUGAAGGACAAGACAAACAAUUACGAGAAAAGGAAAUGUAUUUAAAAAAAGAAUCAGAAAAAAUUGACUCUAACAAAAUUAACGAAAACUUUGUUCCAAACACGAAUUACCAAGAUAAAUAUGAACACUUGAUUGGUAAAAGAAGUGCUCUCGUAGCUGCUCGAAAAACGAAAACAAAUUGUAACUACGGAUGUGUUUCAAGCGAAAACAAGAGAGAUCAAAGAAGCAUCGAACAAACUUUAGCUGAUAUAAGAAAAAAGCGGCGAAAAAUCUAAUUCUAAAAGAAGAUAUACGAAACAAUUCUUGGUUAUAAAUGAUUAUGUUCAGAAAUAAGAAAUUCCAAACAAUAAAAUUAGUGGUCAUUUUAAUUACGAAAUUAAAUACUAUAUUAUAUCAUUAUAAUUUAUAAGAAUUCAUCUCAUAUAAAGUUAUCUUGAUAAUUUCUUUUGAAUUUGAACAUCAUAUUUGUAGCGGUAA